CGGCUCCACGGUGCCCACUCAGCCCCCAGCACCCCCCUCUCUCUUCAACUGUGCAUGCUAAACAAUUAGACACUUUCACAACUCACUCAACUAACCAUUCAGUUGCAUCUUCGUAAGUGUUCACCAAUCACACACACAUACUCAAGUGCAUCAAAAAGUAGGAACGCAUUUUUACACGCUCAAGUGACAGAGUGAGCGCCAUCGGGAGGGAUGGAGCUGCCCGUGUUCGUGGUGGACGCGUUCACAGGCGUGCCUCUGAGCGGGAACCCUGCCGCCGUGUGCCUGCUCGGCCAGGAUCUGGCAGAGGAGAUGCAUCAGAAGAUUGCGGCAGAGAUGAACCUGUCAGAAACGGCGUUUGUGCGCACGCUUUCUCCAAUGGACGACUUCAGUUCAGCCACGCAGUUCGGUCUGCGCUGGUUCACGCCGAGCCGAGAAGUGGCGCUCUGUGGACACGCCACCCUCGCCACUGCCGCGAUCCUGCAUUCUCUCGGCAACACCAACGCACGGCUCGUAUUCCAUACGCUGAGCGGCGAGCUCGCAGCUUGGCAUGAAGGGGACCACAUCGCGCUGGACCUGCCGCUCAACCCCACCGAGCCGCUGCAGGAUAGAGAUGAAUUUAAGACACUGAUUCAGGUGGCGGUUGGAGAGAUGAGCGUGCAGGACGUCCGCUAUUCACCUGGCACUUGUAAACUGCUCAUCCGGUUGAGCGACGUCUAUACCAGGCAGGAUCUGGAGCGGCUGCCGAUCGAUCCGGGCUCACUGUUGCGCGUCGAGCGAGCCAGUGGGAGCCCCGACGUGAUGGGCGUUAUCGUGACGCUGCGUGGCUGCGGCGGGGAUCGGAUUAACUUCUACUCUCGCUACUUCGCUCCCUGGGUGGGCAUCAAUGAGGACCCCGUCACUGGUGAGCGAGCAUGCGAGCGCACGGGACCAGGGGAGAGGGAUCUGCGCACACAGUGCUGGCAAGCUAUUGGUCUAAGGAGCUUGGAAAGCAAGAGCUAAUGGCCAGGCAGUGCUCCCCGCGUGGCGGGGAGCUGCAGCUGUCCCUGCAGCAGCAGCACGGGCGGGUGAGCGUGUCUGGGCAGAGCCGCAUUGUGCUGCGCGGGUCGCUGCACCUCUGAGCCUCUGCUGCCCUGUAGAUCGUACCAAUUAUCUUCACUCGUGCCGCUUAGUUCCACCAGCGCCGCUUAGUUCCACCAGCAAGCCACCCGUUACGAUGCAACAAAAUCAUCUAAAAAAUAAAAUUUUAUCACUCAAUUAUAUUUUCACUGCCUAUUUCCUAAAUCUCAUCCUGAACUCCAUCUAAUUUUUGUUCUCACCUUAAACACACUCAAGAGCUUCAAGUACAGCAAUGAGAACAUGUACAGGCAUUGCAUGUGUAUUUGUGUGAAUGCCCAAAAAAUUACAAAUGUGGUCUCGUUUAAAGCAAAAUGACCUAUAUAUUUUCACAGGACAUGAGAAGACUCCAAAGUAAAUGGCACACCAUAAUGCAAUGUGAUUAAUUAUCAUCGUCACUGUCAAAAUCAUGAUCUUAAUUAUCAAAAAUAAAUAACCAGACUUCUGA